GUAGCUGUAUAUCUUAUUGAUCCAACGUAAACUACAAGUCAAAAAAAAGUGAAAUAAACGUAUAAAGAACAUCGUGGAAAGUGCACAAAAGUCGAAUUAUGUUUACCAUCCGCCACCAAAAAUGAAAAGUUUAUACGGAGAAUAUUAUUAUGUGCAUGAAAACAAAAUAUAGAAAGAACGGUCAACGGUACAACAGCCAACGGUUGAGGAGCUUUCCUUUGAAACCGUUAAGCUUCAUUCCUCUCUCAAAUCACCGCCCUUCCAUGUUACAUGAUUUAUUAUUUACAUUCUAAACAAAUCAUUUAACAUCUUUAUUUUCCCUUCAAUUCUUCUUUAAAUAAUCGUGUCAAACUCUUUUAUUCUCCUCUCCUUUUAUCUCUCUAUAUCAUUCAUCUUUGUCAAAAAAAGGAGAAUGAUAUGAUAUGGUGAUCGUUGGAGAAGAGGGUGGUUGAAAUGGCGUAUGAAGAGAUGCAAGCAACGCCUUUAUCGGCGAUUGCGGAGGCGUUCGAGUAUUUGGCUGAUACCAUUGAGGAUGGCAAAGAUGAACUACACUUGAUUGCCUUUUGUGAUGCUUGUGCUUUGGUUUCUGUCCUCUUCAAUUCUUUAGGCCUUGCUUUUAAAUUUGCCGAGUUGGAAUAUUGUGCUAAGGUGCGUGGUCUUGUUGAAGCAUCAAAGAUAUAUCCUACCUUACAUAAUGUACUGGAUGUUGAUGUCCAAAAUGGCAGUGUGAAAUGCCCAGGAAGCCUUUCACGUAACUUACGUAGAGUUAGACAGGGUCUCGACCUUAUCAGAGCUUUGUUCGAGCAGUUCUUGACCACCUAUGACUGCUCUUUAAGAGAAGCAGCUUCAUCGGCCUAUAGACAAACAUGUGCCCCAUAUCAUUCGUGGGCAGUUCGGGCUGCUGCUGCUGCUGGAAUGUAUGCUCUUCCGUCAAGGGACCAGCUCCUGACAAGCCUGAAAGAAACAGAUGAAUCAGCAGAAUUCAGAAUGAAGAGGUAUAUCAAGGCUGUAGUACCAGUUAUACAGUACAUCGACAAGCUUUAUCUUUCAAGAAACAUCAAGUUAGACUGGUAAAAUGAUUUGUUUAUUGUGGAGAUCAUUAGAGUUCAUUCUUCGGUAGAGCCAUUAGAAAUGGUAUCUGAUACUCCAAUGUAUCUAUUUGGAGUGCAUUGUAGUGAUUAAGAUGACGAUAGGAUCUAGCAGCAUAAUUGGUGAAAUUUAGAUCAUAAACAGGGUUGUACCUCUCUUCUGCAGGAUCUCUUUCUUUCUCCUCAUACAGGCCGCUGAUAUCACCUUAAUCUGAAGAGAGAUAUAGUGAAAAUAAUUAGAUUUGUUUAGUAGGUUAAAUUAUGGCUACCAGAUUUUGGUAUUAAAUCUCUGUAAAUAGCAGAUUUUGCUGACAUACACGUUGAAUUUUCCUUUCAUGUCUUCUCAAGUUUUCAGACUUUGUAAGACAAAUUUCUGAGUCCUCAAUGUCAUGAAAUAGGUUUAAAUGCAAAAUUAUUAGGUCGUCAUUUCAUGACAUACUUGGGUUUGAAGUCUGUCUUAUUGAUAAACAGGUACAUUUACCUAUAGUUUACUUUGUAAAUCUUCAUGUAGAACAAUUCUACAUUCGUUAUGGAAUCUUUGUCUGUUAAGCCAACAAUUGCCUCAUGAUGCAGGCCAAUAAAUAAAUGCAAAUUAUGUGUUGAAUUAGCUAGAAG